GUUAUAUUGUAGUCACGAUUUCGUGAAACAAACCAUUAAAUCAUUAUGAGUCUCUGAAACAAACUCAAUAUUUCAGAAUACGUUUCAGACUUCUGUUGCCAAAUACUUUAGUUUAUUGCCCGCUUCUGCUGUUUUAAAUCAGACUUAAAUCAAUUUUACUUAAGUUCUAUGCUGCGUUCGUUAUCUUCGCCAAUUUGGAUUGAACAGUUUUCUGAUAAUAUAUACGUAAAAUGGAGAUAGAAACUGUAGGUGAUCAAGGUCCAGAACUCGACAAACCUCCACACAUUGGGCACAAGUUGCUACUGAAUCAUGAGUUUCCCUUACAAAGUAAACAAAUUAUUAGACCAAGAGUCAGUCAAAUAUUUGAAAUGAUGCCUCUUUCAGCGAGAUAUUUAAAGUAUUAUCUUAGUAAAAAGGUACAUAAGAAGCGCCCCAUCAUGGACUAUGUACAUAUGAUAUCAGCACAAAGGAUGUAUGGUUGUCCUAUUGGAGGUAUUGGUGGAGGCACAAUUGGCAGAGGGUUCAAAGGAGAAUUUUGUCGUUUCCAACUAUAUCCAGGCCUCUAUGAAUAUGUCACAGUUCCUGAAUGCCAGUUUAUUGUCAAUAUACAAAAUGCUAAGAAGGAAACCAUAUUUCAGUCUGUGCUGUCUACUUAUGAUAAACCUAAAAAAGCACCACAAUCCUGGGAGUGGAAUCUUAAUGCUGUAGAUUGUGAAUACACUGCUUUGUACCCCCAAGCAUGGACCACAUAUGAUUUGAGCAAAUAUGGUGUAAAACUAGUAUGUAAGCAGAUAUCGCCUGUAAUACCACAUAAUUAUAAAGACAGUAGUUUACCAUGUGCUGUAUUCAUAUUUUCGGCAAAAAAUGUUUGCAAUGAACAUAGAGAUGUAAGCAUAACAUUCACAUGGACUGAAGUUCUGGGAAGCACCAACAAGAAAAAAUCUGUAGCUAAACUGGACAUGGAAAGGUAUUCGGAGGAGUACACAUGUGGUGUAACAUUAGAGCAAAAAAUUUUAGAAACACCAUGUACAUUCACAAUAGCAAAAAAGAAGCAGGAAGAUGAAACGAUCCAUGAAGGAUAUUGCUUGUGGAAUUCUACAAAGACGUCCAACUAUGUAUGGGAUUGCCUAAAGAAAAAUGGGAAAUUAGAACCAGAUCCUAACUUGACUCCACCUCCACCUAAAGUGCCUGAUAAAUCUGAUAAAGAUGACGAUGAAAAAGAGAAAAAAGAAAAACAGAAAAAGAUACACAAAUGUGAUUCUAUGGGCCUUUCUAGUAUGUUAUCUUUGGAUCCUGGAGGAGUUAGAGCAACAGAGUUUUGUCUUGCAUGGGACAUGCCAAUUAUUAGAUAUAAAAAGGACAAAAAAAUACAUAAAAGGUUUUAUACGAAAUAUUUUGGAAGCGAUGGAAUUGCGGGAACCAGCAUAGCUGCAUAUGCGCUUAGAAGUUAUAAAAAUUGGGAGAAGCAACUAGCCGAGUGGCAGGAUCCUAUUUUAUCAAAUAGCAAUAUACCCGAUUGGUUAAAAAGUGCCUUAAUGAACGAGCUUUACUUCAUCGCCGACGGCGGUACCAUAUGGUUUGAUGUACAUGACGAGUAUCCAGAUACUGAUCCCAGACAUUCAUUUGGAUUGUUUGGCUAUCUCGAGGGACACGAAUAUAGAAUGUAUAAUACAUACGAUGUACAUUUCUAUGCUUCAUUUGCUUUAGCACAGCUAUGGCCUAAUUUACAGGUUGUACUACAGUACAUGUUCCGUGAUACGAUAACACAGGAAAGCGAGAAAUUCAGACAAUCAUUAUAUGAUGGUAAAUCAGUUAAAUUCAAGAUAAGGGAUUCUAUUCCUCACGAUUUGGGCGAUCCAGAUGAUCUGCCUUUCUCGAACAUAAACGCAUACAACAUUCACGACGUGAGUGAGUGGCGGGACCUGAACCUCAAAUUCAUCCUGCAAGUGGUCCGCGACUACCGCCUGCUGCGCGGUCACACCGCGCCAUUCGCGAGCGAAAGGUACCGCUCAAUGGCGUUCAUAGACGACGUAAGAGACGGCACCGAGGACGACCUGUACUCACGGUCUACUGGCCAAGCGGACGACUCGGAGCCGUCUGAGGUCGCUACCGCUGAAGGCAGCCCAAAGCAGGAUCCACCGCAGCCGGCCGUGGGGGAUAUACUCGACCUGUUGUACAGGAGUACCGAACCGGAGCCCGAGGGCUCUAGUCUGGCGCCGCGGCCGGAGCCUCGAGAGGCGCCUGCGGCUGUGUGGGACGCCGGGAGGUACCUCGCGGAUAUGUUCCCGUCGUGUGCAGCACUACUGCGUCGCGCGCGCCAGUGGGACCACGACGGUGACGGCCUCAUAGAGAAUGGAGGCUUCCCCGACCAAACUUACGACGCGUGGGUCAUGAUGGGGCCAAGCGCAUACUGCGGGGGAUUGUGGGUAUCAGCAAUAAGUGCGGUUCGUAUGAUGGCUCGCAUCCUGAGCCAGGAAAGUGACGAGCGUGAGUUUUCCAAGUUACUCGAACAGGCACAAAACUCAUUUGAGAGCAAAUUAUGGAACGGAUCCUACUACCGGUUCGAUAUGCGGCCCGCCAACAGUCGUGUGGUGAUGGCUGAUCAACUUGCUGGACAUUGGUAUUUACGCGCCUCUGGCUGGACGGAAGAUGUUUUUCCCGAAGUCAACGUAAAGAAAGCACUGUCUACCAUAUAUGACAACAACGUACUUCGGUUCAAAGAAGGGCGCAUGGGUGCUGUCAAUGGAUACGUAACUGGCGCCCGCGGUCACGUCGACACCACCGCAAUUCAGAGCGAGGAGAUGUGGACCGGAGUCACAUAUGGACUGGCGGCUCUCAUGAUAUACGAAGGUAUGCAUGAGGAAGCGUUUGUAACCGCUGGCGGCCUACACAAUACGUUAACACAGAUGGGCCUAACCUUCGAAACUCCAGAGGCACUCUACGAGAAUGGUAAUCACCGAUCCAUAGCUUACAUGCGUCCUCUGGCCAUUUGGUCUAUGUAUCAGGCGAUUCUGGCGAGACCGCCUCAACACUCACCUGUAUCUAAUGGACAAGUACGUAACACCAAAGAUAAUACUUUAUAGUAAUAUGUACAUGUAAAUGUGAUAUAAUAAUAAUAAUAAUAUUUACAGUAUCUACUAUUUAAAAAAAAACGAAAGAAUAAUCAAUUUUAUGUUGUAUUAAUAUGCAAAUAUCAAUAUAAAUAUUAACGAAAUACUGCUUUAAAUAAUUGAAAUUAACAAAUAGUUCCCUAUAUAUGUUCAUGCCCUGAUUCAAAAUACAGAUUUUCUACAAUUCAAGGGCUAUAUUUUAAGCAAUUUUUUAUAUGUAUUAAAUGCUAUGUAAUUAUACAAUCCAGAAUUUGUGUAUGUAAGUAUAAACUUAAAAUUAAAAGAAUGAUUAAUAAAAAGAAUGCUAUUAAAAUAAUUUUGGUAAAUUAUUAUACUUACCGAAUAAUGUCUUAAUUACGUAUGUAAUAAAUGGUUGCCAAAUUGUUCUAGAAGAGCAAUGUAAUGCCACUAAGAAACGGAAAAAUUAAGUUAAACGUUUUUUCAUUUCAUUGUAUUCCUGAUUCGGCUUACUGUAAACAUGUUGCCGACUCUUAAGUAACAUUUUCAUUCAUCCUAUGAAAACUUCCGUGAAAUGUAUGUACACACAUUUCACGGAAGUAAAAUACAAGUUUCAGGGAUGAUUAAUUUUCAACCGAUUUCCAAAUGCCAUUUAGAAGUUAGUUGAAAAGUAUUCUUAAUUAAAUGAAGUAACUCCAGACGUUCAUUCUAUAAAUUUGUUCUGUAUUCUGAAUACCUUAAUUGUAAUGCGCCUAUAUAAGCUACUUUCUAGUGACUAAAAAUGGAACCGUUAUGUAAUAGCAUUACAACCAUAGUUAUAACAUAUGUAACGUAACAUACUAGAGCGGUUGUAUAGAUUAAGAACGUCAUGACCUAGUGACAGGGUAGUCCCUGACUAUAGAUUUUAGAGGCAGAGAAAGAGAGUGAAAUUCCCAUUAGAGUUAGUUACAACUCUUCGCCGAUGGAUGGCAUCGGUCGUAACCCAAUUUGAUCCUAGAGAUGACUAGGCUGGUUCCAUGCCAUAUAGGAUUUAAAUAAUCUGAGCGAAAUAUAGGCAUGUCAAAUGUUACACUCAGUACAAUGACGACAUUCUCCUGACUACCCAUCUGAAAUUACAGUCCAUAGGUUAUUUAUUCACGGACACAUUCAGUCAUUAUUGUAAUCUCGUAUUUUUAUAAAGUACCGAAAAUAUGAUAUAUGUACCUUUCCUCAAAAUUUACCGAUUUUGUGAUUGUCACAAGUGAGAGUAUUUAUUUUUAGAAAUCUACGUAAAUUAAAAAUAAACAAAUAUUGUUUAAAAUAAGUGUUUACAUUAAAUAUAACGUGGUGUGUAUAACAUACUCCACAAAUAAAUAAUAAUUGAAGAAAUACAUAUAACCAGUUGAAAAACUUUAUCUUUAUCUCCGUGUUUCUAGUUUAUACUUGCAUUUUCGCUAAUAUGUAAUACGAAGUGCAUAUCAUCUGAAUUAUAACAAAAACAUUUUUGUACUAGUUUUUGCAAAGAACUUGGUUGAUAAAUAAUGUAUGUUAAUGUGUCGAGUAUUCAAUGCUAUGGAACCCUACCGCAAUAAGUUCUAUUCACUGAAUAAUAAAUUUAGAGUACUGGUAGUAGUUAGUUACUUUUGUAAAAUUCUGUCCACAAAGACAAUAUUUGUCCAAAAUUUAUUUUUGACCUCCAUAUUGCGGGUCUUUUUAUUAUUGGUCAUUUAAAUUGUUAUAAGGAUUGUGAUAUUUCUUGCUAGCGAGAAGAAAAAUUUUUACACCUUUUUUACAUUACACAUUGUGCAUUUUAUAUUCUUUGUUUACCUAAGUAUUAAUUGUUAUACCAAUGAAAUUGUAACGAAAGUAUUGUUUAGUUACUACUUAUCUUAAUAUAAAAUUGUAAAAUUAUUUUUAUUUUAAUUGUAUUUAUUUGUUACAUUACUUUAGUACAAAAAACAUGUGGUCAAACCAUAAUAAUUGUUUUAACUUUGUAUGUUGUAUUGUGUACUCAAGUGAAGUAUUUUGUUUUAUUUCAAUAACCUUACAAGAUAAAAUAGAUGCCAAAUAAAAACAUUUUUGAACUUAUCAUUUAUUUUCAAAUAUGUAUUACAUAUAAAUGCAUUUUGGAACACGUUAAUAUAAAAAUAUAAAAAAAUCAUUGUAAUAUUUUUAUUUCAUCCUAAAUUUCCUGCAUGCUUCUAAACAUUAAUAAAAAACUUAUAAAAUUAAUCUAUCUGAAUAUAUUUUGUACUAUGUUAUAAUUAUCAUUAAAUACGUAUAUCGUAAUUUCAGUUAUAAAAUAAUAAUAAAUAGGAAAUAAAUGGCUACAGUAUAUACAAAAUUUACAACAUGUGUAUCUUUCAGUCUUCGUUCAUAUUUCAAACGUGGAUAAUGCUUAUACGCUAGUCAUUGCAAGCUAAUCCAUUCCUUCAUUUAUUAUGAAUUACGUAUCCAAUAAAUUAAGGUCUAACCACAACUAAACGAUACAAAAUGCUACAUUAAUGAAUAGAUAUUGUAUACGUCGGCUAUUCUAUAUAUAGGCCUUACUUAUUGAUUAUCUCGCACCUGCGCGGUGUAUCGUCUGACAUAGCUUUGUGCUCGUUACUAUUAUAAUGAAUAAAUUGCAUUAAAUCUUUAUC